ACAGAUCUAGGAAUGAUCACGAGUAUUUCGCUUUUUGUGAAACACUGCAGUUAAUAAAUUAAGGUUGUCACGAAUGCUGUUAAUUUAACAAGAUAUGAACACUGCUAACGUGAUGACUGGUUUGGUGUCGAACACUUUAGUGUUGUGAACUUUUGUGGAUUGGAUUUGCCGUGUUUGGAAAUUGCACUUGUAGAGGAACUCGGUUUGAAUAUCGUUUGCACUGAAUAUCAACAAAUGUGGCAUAGGAUAAAAACAAGGUCCAGGUGUUGAAGGCAAACAUGGCUCUUGAAAGAUGGUUACCCCUAGAAUCUAACCCUGAUGUUCUUAAUAAAUAUGCGUAUGGCAUUGGGAUGCCGGAGGCAUGGAAAUUUGUUGAUGUGUAUGGAUUAGAUGCUGAUUUAUUGGCAAUUGUGCCACAACCAGUGUUAGCAGUUGUCUUGUUGUACCCAUCAACAAAAAAUUCUGAAGAGAUUUUACUGGGAACAGUGAGUGAAAGUGCCAUAAAGGAAUUAUAUUUCAUGAAACAGAGUGAUACGAUCGGAAAUGCAUGCGGGACAGUGGCUCUUAUACAUGCACUAGCCAAUAACACAGACACGAUUGACUUAAAACCAGCGUCAACUCUAAAGGACUUCCUGUCUAGGACAAAGGAAGCAUCUCCAGAAGAAAGGGCUAGCAUAUUGGAGAAUUGUCAUGAUAUGGGUUCUGCUCACGAAGAAAGUGCCCAGGAGGGACAGACAGACACUCCUGCACGAGAUGAAAGUGUUGAUUAUCAUUUUGUGGCUUUCAUUCAUAAAGAUGGCUGCCUGUUUGAAAUGGACGGCAUGAAAGGAGGGCCUGUGUACCACAGUGUUACGUGUGAGGACAGUUUCCUUGUUGAUGCGGCUGGCGUUGUGAAAAAGUUCAUGGAAAGAGAUCCCGAUGAACUGAACUUCACUGUGAUGGCACUGGUAGACUCACUUUCACUGUUGUAGCUACAUAUAGCUCACCAACAUGUAUGGUUUUCAAUUUACUUUUGAAUCACUGUGUUGUCUCUUUGUACGUUCUAUGAUUCGUGUUGUCUGUCAUUGUGAAAAAUCAUUGACUGUGUAUUAAACUAGACUGUAAAAAGUGAGCCGUUCCCAUCCAGCUGAAUAGCUGAGUGUGCAGAGCGGUCAUGAGUUCAAGUCUCACUCAAGCCAUUAUUUUUGCUGGUCUCAAUUUAACAGUGUAGACAAUCAGAUCUGCAUGUACUCAUGUGGGAAGAAGUAACUGUUGAUUGUUGGAGGUACAUAAGGACUACAUGUACAUGUAGGUGAAGUGAUGGCUUUAAAAAAAAAACACUGCAUCUAGACAUACAUAGUCCUGCGUCAUCUGAAUUAGCCUGGAAAUUACUAGCUGAAAAAAACUGUGUAUUAAGAGAUGUGCUCUAUUAUGUAUGUUUUAAGAAAGUUUUGCGCAACAUUGUAUAUUGGUGCAUAAUUAUUUAUUAGACCCGCUUCAAAUAGAAAUUUGUUGUGCUUGCAGAAGAUACGGUAAAUUCAAUUUGGUAUUGGUUCUCUGAAAUUCAAAUCAAGCUCACUUGCAUAUUAGACACUGUCUGUCUCUGUCAGAUAAAGCGUUGUUUUCGCUGUACAUGAUUGGCUCCUGACAAAUAAGGUCAGGGGUUAAAAUCCAGGCACCGAUUUCAUGAAGCACCUAAAGUAAGCCCUUAUCUGCCAUGUUGUAGAGAUAUGAAGUGGACUUCAAUAACUAAGGCCUGCUUAACACUUCAGUACGGUUCAUGAAACUGGGGGCUUGUGGGCUGACCAGCAUGGCUGCAGCUUUAGGUCAGUAGCUUUAUCAGGUACAUAGCAAAGGUCUUCGUUUAUGCUUGUUGCCUCUAACCUUGAACCUGAUCACGCUGGUAUAAAAGUGAAAAAUUCUU